UACGCCCCUCUGGAAAAGUAGAAUAUCCAGUUUGAACGUGAGUGUUGAGGGGUCAGGUUAGGGAGGUGUGUCAAAUCGGCUUUCAUUGUUGACAUUGCUGCAUGUCCGGCUCCCAAAAACAACAUCCUAACAGCUUUGGUGAUGCUUUGACAAGGCAUAGAAGGACUUACGGUUUGAGAAGACAGACUGAUCAGGUAUGUCAGUGAACGUUCAUCACUGGAACUCUGCAGCUGAUGGACAGCUCACUGAGGCCGCCAUGCGGAAGAAGAUAGAAGCGCAGGGAUUCAGAGUCACCAAGUAUGUGUACCCCCCUGGGACGUACUUCCCCGACCACACCCACACCGUGGACAAGAUUGACGGCGUGGUGAGCGGACAGUUCCGGAUGACCAUAUAUGGGCAGACGGCCGUGCUGGGGCCUGGUGAUUGGUUGGAGGUCCCGCGGGGCCAGGUGCACAGCGCAGGGGUCGUAGGGCAGGAACCAGUCGUCAGUUUAGAUGCCACCAGGAAAUGACAGGAACAUUAUCAUCACUAGAUUAUAAACUUCAAACAAUGUUUAUAGAGUUAUAUGAUUGUGCAGUGACAAGUCCUGCAGUGUAAUGUAGCCAGCUGUCACAUGCCUGCAAAGCUGGUGUUUUUUUUAUUGGGCAUUCUUUGUUGACUGGUAAUUUUUAUUUGCCAUCCAAACUCCAGUACCAUAUUGGA